AGCUCUGUGUUUCCAAGAGCCGGUGUCUGACGGAGGUUUUGGUCCGUACGCCGUCUAAUCUGUUUAUAUCGUGAAUCCUACUCAACUGUUUACAAAACAUUGCGUGUAGAAGACGCGUGAGUUUUUAAUGCGAGCGCAGAUAUCCCUCCGCCGGGACGAAGUUUGGGGUUUUAUUCUCCUGGAACAGAAGUCUCUGGAUGAAAGGAUCCCUACCGACCAGCUGAAUUUUUAUUCCUCCAACGUGGACUUAACAGGAGACUGGAGAGUCCUGCUAUCGGAAUAAAAUCCUUCUUUUAAGCCAAAAAGACGACGAAGAAGAUAAACGCCUUUAACCUGUGGUGGAUAUUCUUUAAGGAAUGCUGCUGUCCAAGCUGAAUUCUCUGGCCCACAUCUCCGCUGUAGACAUGCCGGCGAAAAUCCAGCUCCAAGUUCAUCAAGUGAAAGAGAGGGAGCCUUUCGAGAAGCUGUAUACGGUCGGAGGGGUGCUGGGCAGCGGAGGCUUUGGCACCGUGUACUCCGGGACGAGGAUAUCCGACGGAGCGCCGGUUGCUGUCAAGCAUGUGUCCAAGGACAGAAUCUCCGAGUGGGGAGAGCUGCCCAAUGGCUCCAGAGUUCCCAUGGAGAUUGUGCUCCUGAAGAAGGUCGGCACAGGCUUCCGCGGUGUGAUCAAAAUGCUCGACUGGUUCGAGCGGCCGGACAGCUUCAUUAUCGUGAUGGAGAGGCCAGAAAACGUUAAAGACCUCUUCGACUUCAUCACGGAGAAAGGUGCCUUACCGGAGGAGCUCGCUCGGAGCUUUUUCCGCCAGGUCCUGGAGGCGGUGAGGCACUGCCAUAACUGUGGGGUGAUUCACCGGGACAUCAAGGAUGAAAACAUCCUCAUAGACCUCCGCACAGGGGAGAUGAAGCUCAUUGACUUUGGAUCAGGAGCUCUACUGAAGGACACCAUUUACACAGACUUUGAUGGCACAAGAGUGUACAGCCCACCAGAGUGGAUCAAAUAUCAUCGGUAUAAUGGUCGCUCUGCCACAGUUUGGUCCCUGGGUGUUUUGCUGUAUGACAUGGUGUGUGGCGACAUCCCUUUUGAGCAAGAUGAGGAGAUCUUAAGAGGUCAGGUCCUCUUUCGGAGAAGAAUCUCAGCAGAAUGCCAGCAGCUGAUCAAGUGGUGUCUGUCUCUGCGGCCGUCCGACCGGCCGUCCUUCGAGGACAUCAUCAACCACUCGUGGAUGCAGAACACAACCUCUUCUGUCGUCCCAUCCACGGUCCAGACAGAGAAGUCAGCCACAGAGAUCAGACUUCACAGCAUUGGCCACGAGCCCACAGCCUUCACACCCACCCCUGUCGCCGUGGCCCGGUGAUGGAAGCAAAAACAGCUCGCUCUGGGCUGAUCUGGUCCGAACUGGCCUGCACUGAGACUAUUACAAAAGGACUUAUGUAACAGACUUGAAGCAGAAAGGAGGGAGGGCUGGCCUGCAGUCCUGUUGCAGAAAAAAGAGGAAGGUGGAAAGGACUGAAGCCAACAAAAUCAUCACAACCUGGUUUCGCUCUGAAAGGCCGGACCCUCUCCGCCCUCACCACCCCAACUACUUGAUUUUCCCAAUGUGGCGUCAGGUCAGACUCUGAUCUAGAUGCUGGGUGUUUAUCAGUCUGUAAGAGGGAAUGGCUCUGUAUGCAUGGACACCUGCGUCAAGUAAACACAGUACAUGUGCUGUCUAUUCUUUUGAAUGGAAAGCGGACACUGAGUUAUGUAACCUCUCACUACACUGUACUCAGCUCUCCCUCUGUUUUCAUUUUGAGGGAAGAGCAGAGGCGUUAGUGAGGAGGAUUUUCAAAAUAAGUGCCUUCUGUGAGAUUGUUGGGGGAACCUGAAAUACUUGAAUAUGUCAAAGCAAAAAGGCUGUACUGCUCUACCGCCUUUUUUAGCUCCUUACUCUGUACACGGCUUUAUAUUUUUCAUUUCUGUUUUCCUCUCAUGGGCCUAGAUCAGUAAAGCCUAUGCCAUAUUACAACCACUACUAUCACUACUUCUACUACUCCAAUGUCAUUAGCAACCAGACAACCUCAUAGCUCUGGCAGCGACUUGUGCAAACAGAUCAUAAACACUGGACUUACCUCACUCUUUACUACAGCAUCCACCUCUACUUACGCUACAACCUCCGCUUCCUCCUCCUCUGUAAACUUGUGUACUGUAUACAAACACAAGGCUUCGGCAACCGCUGUUUCACAUCUACAUGAAUGCACACCACAAUGCAAACCUAACCAUACCGAAAUACAACAUCCUCUGCUCUUCACCUCCUUUUUUUUUCUCUUUGUGUUCAAACAGUGCCUCACAUAGGUCUUAAAAUUUGAUGGAGACAAGAAUUGUAAAUAAUGAUGAUAAUAUUUAUUAUUGCUGUGACUUCUUCCUCACACUUAAUGAGCGCAGAUUUUAUUUAUUUAUUUAUGAGAGAAUUUCGGCUGUACUUAAUGUAUUUCAUUCCACAGUCACUGAAGGGCCCACAGAUUAUUUAAAAAGGCAAACAAAGACUUAGGUGAAUUUUUUGACCAUAUUUAUUAUGGCUUGAAAUUUUAAACAAGAGCAGAUGCGUGUAUGUAUGUUUGUGUAUGUAUUGUAAAUAUCGUGUAAAUAGUCCUGAAAGCACUUCCAUGUUAAUGUAUGUAAACAUUGAGCGUCUACUGAUGGUAACUGGUUUUGUUACGCUGUUUUCUGCUGUGGGAGAAAGUGGAUUCUGAAUGUUGUGAGUGUAUGAAUGUAUUUGUGCAUGAGUGAGAUGUGAGAUUGAGAAAACUUCUGGUUUCAUGACCGCAGCUUGGAUUGUUGUUUUUCAUCCAUUCAAACUAGAAUUGUAAAUUAUGUUAGAAAUUAUUUUUAUACAAUUUCAAUAAAUAUUUUUUUAACUAUGAA